AUGUCUUACAAGAUGUUACCACAGUACUUGCACGUACUGAAAUUAGCAAAUCCUGGAACAAUCAUGGAUAUUAAAACCGAACUUGAUAAAGAAGGAAAAUCGAGGAUCCUGUAUGCAUUCAUGUCACUGAAGGCUUGUAUCGAUGGGUGGCAGCAUUUGCGUAAGGUCCUUGUGGUGGAUGGCACCCACAUGUUUGGGAAAUUCAAAGGGGUAUUGCUUAGUGCUAGCGGGCAAGACGCAGACUGCCGCGUAUUCCCUAUUGCUUUCGCAGUAGUGGAUAGCGAGAACUCAGAUUCUUGGAAGUGGUUCUUCGAAAGAUGUGCCGCUAUAUUUGCAGCUAAAGAUAAAUGGUAUUCAUCUGCACACCAUGGUAUUUGUCUUGAACACCUUAAGCGUAACGUGGGCGAUAAGUACAAAGGACUGGAUCAGAAGCAUAUGGUGGCCAGGGCAGCAAAAGCUUUCAAAGUUUCUGAAUUUCAAAAGAUCUAUGACCUUAUAAAGCUCACGGAUUGGAGAUGUUGGGGUUACUUGGAGAAAAUCGACAAAAAGUUAUGGACACGUUCACAUUUCGAAGGAACUAGGUUUAACUUGAUGACUUCAAAUAUAGCUGAAUCGUUGAAUAAGGUGCUGCUGCCAGCGCGUGAUAGCCCUAUAAUGGCACUGCUGGAGUUUAUAAGACGGAUGUUGACUAGAUGGUUCGAGUGCAGGCGCUACGAUAUUAGUAAAAUGCAGGGAAAUAUUCCAAAGAUAAUUGAUGAAAUAGUGGUCGAACAGUUAGUGUUGUCAACUGGCCUUCUUGUUUUGCCAUGUUCUACUUGGCAGUUUGAAGUUACACACAAGCCAACCAAAUACGGCUUUGUUGUUAAAUUAGAGAAACAAACUUGCUCCUGCCUUGAAUUCCAGAUGCUGAGGUUGCCAUGCCGACACGCUAUUGCCGCUGCUUCUUUUCGGAACAUCGAGUACGCCUUGUUUGUUUCACAAUACCAUGUCAAAGAUACUUGGUCUGAAACAGUUAAGGGUAUCAUACUACCGGUUCCAAAUCCAGAGGAUAUCAAUAUUCCUGCAGAGACCCCGAGGAAAAAGAAGAAGCCGAACAAGUGUUUCAGGUGUUUUAAGGAAGGUCACAAGAAGACUACAUGCAAGGAACCGGUGCCUUGA